GUCUACAUCUGACGGCGCGUAACCAGCAUGAGCGCAGCAAAGCAUGCUCUCACACCUACAGAAUAAGUGGCUACCGUUGGGCAAGGGUUUGCUCAGCUCUCUCCUUCACCUGAAGUCAUUCGACACUGCUCAAGCGCCAUCAGAGAACGAGGCCGAAACAGUAGCUCUGGCAGCUAACGACGAGCUCCAGCAAGUAGGAUCAGAAGAGAUGGGAUUUCAGGAGCAACUUUCGGCCACCGAGGGCAGGGAGGGAGAUGCGUUUGCACAAAUCGUAGCUAUGGUCUCUGUUGCUACACUUCUCGCAGUGACAUGGAUCAUCACCUUUGCUAGCGGAACCUCAUUCUACUGGUUUGGGUGGCAUCCACUCCUGCAGAGUCUAUCUAUCGCGUUCUUUGCAUAUGGAAUCUUAACCCUCCAACCUACGGCUUACCCUAAGACAAAGGCUUCCGGCCUCACCCGCCACCAGCUUGCCAUGAUAGUGGCCGGCUUUCCGGUAGCCUUCUUGGGUUAUGCUGCUAUCUUUGCUACCAAGGUCAUAAAUUCUCGCGCGCACUUCACAACGUGGCAUGGCACAUUCGGCUUAAUCACAUUCAUCUUCAUGGUAAUUCAGACUAUCCUCGGAGGUGGUAGCGUUUGGUUCAAUGGUCGGCUGUUCGGCGGUAAUCCGAGGGCCAAGCUGAUCUGGAAAUAUCAUAGAGCGGUCGGAUAUGCGGCAUUCUCCCUCUGCAUGAUCACACUGCAUCUCGGUGGCGCAUGGUCACAUUGGGCAACGGAGAACAGCUGGUGGAUUGUGCGUGUCCUGGUAUAUACAUUCGCGCCUGCAGCGAUAUUGGCUGCGGUCUUCUCGCGCAUGAGGCUGUCCAAGAUGAAGAUCUGGUGACAGGACCUCGGCUGCUCCUCCUAGAGAAUGGCCGCGAGAAUUCAAGGGCGCUGUUGCGGACAUGCGGCAGAAAAUUGAUACUUUGUACUCUGGAGAUUUUGCGGCGGCCUUUUUCACCCGCUUUUUCUUCUUACACUGUACCCGGAUCAUCUGCUGAAUCUGCUGGUGGCCUAGAGAAAGCCAGCUACAAUCAUAUGUCCAGCUCUUCGAACUUGCAAAGCGGUGGGAUGGCAACUCCUCUACAGCGGAUGGACCAAGGCGGUAUACAACCUCCUUCGCCGUUGCAAGAUGCCAGAGGGUCCCAGCACUCUUGGUGUUGUGCCGAAAUUCAUUCUCGUCUUCGUCUGGCUCUCGACGAGCUCUCAUCGAUGUGAUGUCCGUGAGCGACGUAAUAUCCGGUAGUUCAACGGUGAACGUGCUUGAGUGCCGAGUACCCUCGCCCACGCCAUUCUUCUUGAAGACAGCUUCGAGCUGUCCAUUAUGUCAAGCAUUAUUAUUCCGCAAGAUAAUCCACGAGCCUUUCCGGAGCGGAUUCGCUACGUGUUCAGUUUAUAAGUGAAUGAUCUAAGGUGGUCAGCGCAGAUACGAACAAUGGUCGUCAAUCUUAGGCACAAUAGUCGCAUUCAUCCAGGAGCUGAACCUGGAGGCCGAGUUAAUUGUAUUUGUUUUAGCAGCAACAUUGGUACUGUCCUUGUCUGGCGACGGCUGCAGGAGGAGACCUCCCAAAGGCGGUAGCUCUACAUUAUCACUUUGAUAUUAAACAUGCACAAAGUGACAUAUCUUAAUCUCCUAUGGCACUGACUUCGGCGCCGACCAGAGGCUCCCGGGGCGCUGCACUCGGACAUAGGUC